AUAAUCCUUAUCAGCCUCGCACGAGCAUUUCAUUGAUCGAAGAUGCGCUGUUCGGGGCAUUAGUUCGCAACGAAGCUUCUACGUGGCUACAGAGAAAUUUCUUCCUCUAUGCAUUAAUUUUCAGUUGAAAAUGAAACUCUUUCUGCGAUCGUUAACCCUCGCGUGGAUAAUUUUCCUGCUUGGAGUGCAGUGCGAGUUGAGUCAGAGCUUCACUUUCCUGAAUGUAACUGACUCCAAUCCAACACGCUAUCACGCACUGGGAAUGUUCAACAAUGAUCAUCCAAGCAGAAAACGGAUUGCCGUCAGAAAAUGCAACUCUUUCAACUACAUUUUCCCGGUGAAAAUCUUCUCCACCGAAGAACCAUUUUUCUGCCCAGCUGUGUUCGUCAGCACGGAUUCCCUGGUCGCGUCUGCUCUUUGUUUGAAAAUGAUGCAACAUGCGGAUGAACACCCAACGAAUCAUAUGUUCGCUUUGGUGGACCGAGAGGACGUUUUCUUCUACGAGCACGGCCGUCGGUACCUGAGCAAAAUUUUCUAUCACCCACAAUUUGAGGAUGAACCCGCGUUUUACAAUGUGGCGAUUGUGAAGCUACGCAAUCUCAUCAGAUAUGAUCGGGAUGACACAGGUCGCAGUCAUGUGGCCUGUUUGUGGUCCGAAAGAAGAUUGAAAAAUCCCCAAGCCAUUCUCGGCGAGUGGUUCGAAUUCCAACCGGAGCAGAACCCAUCCUUCCGGUGGCUUGAUCUUCCCAUCGUCCCAAACAAGGACUGUUCCGAGGCGUUAGCGAAUACAGCUCGACCCGUUCCCGAGCUGGCGAAAGGUGUGCAGGACUUCCAACUGUGUGUUCGAGAUCCCCGCAACAACACGCUGAUACGAUUCUGCGAUCCGCGCUCGUCAGGGCCACUGCUGAUGACUCUGGGAAGCACCGUUUACGUGAUUGGACUUCCAACUGUCCACAUAGAAGAUUGUGGGGUUGACGUCGAAGUGUUCAAUCGUGUAACGCAUUAUCUCGAUUGGAUUGAAACAAUUGUUUGGCCCGGUCAAGAGUAGAUCCGAUAAUGGGAGAAUUACAAUGCAAUGCGACUCAGAGACGAAGAGCGAAAAGAAGUGAAGCGAACGGAUCACCCUAAUCAUCAUCAAAUAUUCGUGAAAUCAGAUCAAUUUAUGUCGAACGUGUCAGUUUUCGGCUAUGUAAAAGAAACGCUGUGAAAAAUUGAGUCAUUUUUCAAAAACAAAA